GGGGCUCUGUCGCCGGCUGCGUCCCGUCUGGCCGCGGUCCGCCGGCUCCGCACCCGCGCCCGCCGCGCCACCUCGCCCGCCGCGCCCGCCUCGGGGGUGCAGCAGCGACUCUGGGGCUCCUGCGCGCCGCCCGGGGCAGCCCAGGGGCGCUGGGCUCGGCCACUCCUCUCGCCUCAGACGGGGAGCCUUCCCCCUCGCACCCAAAGUUUCUGGGUUCGUUGGAAUUUGGGGAUUCAGAAUUUUUUUUUCUUCCUUUUUUAAGCUAGGAAUUUGAGGGGAAAACUUUUGACAAAUCGAUCGCACUUUCUCUCCGCUAGUUCUCUGUCCCCCCUUCUUCUUCUUCUUUUUUUUUUCCGAGCAGGGGAAGGGGCUUACGAGAGAGGCUCCUGCUGGACAAAGUUUUCCAAAGUUUUCCGAGUGUGAUGGUUGCGGGGAGAGCUAAUCCACCAGCUUGAUUCACAGCUUCAUCUCACUACCCCUCGAGCAGCCCCUAAGCCCGCUAUAAGGGAACAAACAAACAAACAAACAAAGUUACACUCCGAGUCGCCUCGUGUCUCCUCUCUCUCUUCUUUUAGGCGAUUUCCCCCGGUCUCUCCGCUCCCCUCGCAGCCUCCACUUCCCUUCCCUCGGCCCCUCGCUCCUUCUCUGUUUCGGCUGGAGGUGCCAGGACCCCUGGCCGCAGCCUCCCCUCCCCCGCCGCUCCGUCCCUUCUCGUCCGGCCCUCCCCUCCCCCGCCGCGGCCCGCACAGCCAAUCCCCCGAGCGGCCGCCAACAUGCUCUUUGAAGGCUUGGAGCUGGUGUCGGCGCUGGCCACCCUCGCCGCGUGCCUGGUGUCGGUGACGCUGCUGUUGGCGGUGUCGCAGCAGCUGUGGCAGCUGCGCUGGGCUGCCACCCGAGACAAGAGCUGCAAGCUGCCCAUCCCCAAGGGUUCCAUGGGCUUCCCGCUCAUCGGAGAGACCGGCCACUGGCUGCUACAGGGUUCUGGCUUCCAGUCGUCGCGGAGGGAGAAGUAUGGCAACGUGUUCAAGACUCACUUGCUGGGACGGCCGCUAAUCCGCGUGACGGGCGCGGAGAACGUGCGCAAGAUCCUCAUGGGCGAGCACCAUCUCGUGAGCACCGAGUGGCCACGCAGCACACGCAUGCUGCUGGGCCCGAACACGGUGGCCAACUCCAUCGGCGAUAUCCACCGCAACAAGCGCAAGGUCUUCUCCAAGAUCUUCAGCCACGAGGCCCUGGAGAGCUACCUGCCCAAGAUCCAGCUGGUGAUCCAGGACACGCUGCGCGCCUGGAGCAGUCACCCCGAGGCCAUCAACGUCUAUCAGGAAGCACAGAAGCUCACCUUCCGCAUGGCCAUCCGCGUGCUGCUGGGCUUCAGCAUCCCCGAGGAGGACCUCGGGCACCUCUUCGAGGUCUACCAGCAGUUCGUGGAGAACGUCUUCUCCCUGCCUGUCGACUUGCCCUUUAGUGGCUACCGGCGGGGCAUUCGGGCACGGCAGAUCCUACAGAAGGGCCUGGAAAAGGCGAUCCGGGAGAAGCUGCAGUGCACACAGGGCAAGGACUACUCGGAUGCUCUGGACAUCCUCAUCGAGAGCAGCAAGGAGCACGGGAAGGAGAUGACCAUGCAGGAGCUGAAGGACGGGACCCUGGAGCUCAUCUUCGCGGCCUACGCCACCACCGCCAGUGCCAGCACCUCGCUCAUCAUGCAGCUGCUGAAGCACCCGGCCGUGUUGGAGAAGCUGCGGGAGGAGCUGAGGGCCCAGGGCAUCCUGCACAGUGGUGGCUGCCCCUGUGAGGGCACGCUGCGCCUCGACACGCUCAGCGGGCUGCACUACCUGGACUGUGUCAUCAAGGAGGUCAUGCGCUUGUUCACGCCUGUUUCUGGUGGCUACCGCACGGUGCUGCAGACCUUCGAGCUGGACGGUUUCCAGAUCCCCAAAGGCUGGAGCGUCAUGUACAGCAUCCGGGACACACACGACACGGCGCCCGUGUUCAAGGAUGUGAAUGUCUUCGACCCCGAUCGCUUCGGUCAGGCGCGGAGCGAGGACAAGGAUGGCCGCUUCCAUUACCUCCCUUUCGGUGGUGGAGUCCGGACCUGCCUCGGCAAGCACCUGGCCAAGCUGUUCCUGAAGGUGCUGGCGGUGGAGCUGGCCAGCACGAGCCGCUUCGAGCUGGCCACCCGGACCUUCCCACGCAUCACCCUGGUCCCCGUCCUGCACCCUGUGGACGGCCUCAGCGUCAAGUUCUUUGGCCUGGACUCGAACCAGAACAAGAUCCUGCCGGAGACGGAGGCCAUGCUGAGCGCCACGGUCUAAGGCGCCAGGCCAUGGGGGAUGGGAGGCGAUGGAAGGGUACAAACCUGUGUGUGGAGGGGGCUGGAGGCCGGGAAAGGGGGAGGCCCCCCAGACCUCGCCCUCCCCCAUUCCUCUCCCUGGCAAGCCCCGCCCCCAGUCGAAAGGGCCCCAUCCUCCCUGUCCCCUCCCCCCCAUUCAGGUGGGGCCCUCCCCCCCUUCUCUGGGGUCUCUCCAGUUCCCUACAGCUUAGCUCUGGGGAAAGGGCCUGGCCUGGGCUCCGCAUGCCCUUCACAGUGUUAAAUGUCAGUUGGCUGUGCUGCAGCCUUUGCUUGUGAUGUGCUGAACUGGUCUCUUGACUCCCUUCUCUUUUGGAUUCUUUUAGUUUGAGGUCAGGUCGGGGAGGGAGGAAAAGAGGCCCCCCUUAUGGCCCUCUCUCAGCACCCCCUCCCCUCCUGCCUUGGCUGCCAGGGGUGGGGAGGGCUUCAAGGGUGUGGCCACCCCCCACCCCACCCCCCACCCCGUGGGGAGCCGCAUCCUGGGUAUAAUGGAACACCAGUCACCCUUGGCACUGGUGGGCUGGGGCUGAACCAGCCUGCAGGCCCCACCCCUUGCCAUUUCGGACCUUUGAAAUUACCUAUUGCUGCUACUUUUUCUCUCUUCCGACCUUGGGGCAAAGGAGCCCCAGGCCCUGUCCUCCCAGCAUCCUCCCCCCCGCCCCCCCCAGCCCUGGGCACGCGCACUGACAUCCCCACCUCCCCGCCAGGCGGCCUGGAGCCCACCCUGCUCCCUGUUACACAGGCACCCAAGGCCCUUGGCUCAUGGGCUGCACCCCACCCCCAUAUUUAUUCACUGAUGUAACCGAAUUUUGGUGUUACUGGGACUGGAACAAGCGUCUGCUCCGUCCCUGGCCUCUGUCCAGCUGUCCCGGGCAGGACUUCUGCAAGUGACGCGCCCCCCCAAUCCCCCUGCCCAGGCAGGCAGCUCCCCAGGCAUCAGACCUUCUGUGGGUUCAACCUCAGAGCUUCAUUCCCGGGGUGAAAUCCAGCGCGUCUUUGUCCCCUGGUGGAGAUGGGGAGCUGGCCCUCACUGCUCUGUCAGAAACCUUGAUCCCGAGGGUUUGGAGGCCGCCACCAUCUCCCAUUUGGUCACUGUUCCCCCCGGUGCCCCCCACUCUGGCUAGUGAGUAUGGGGAAGGAUACGGGUUCUUUCUUCUGACGGGGAGCCAGGGCCUCCGUCAGUCAUCCCUCCCUCAACCUUUGCCCUUUGCCCUUGGAAAGGCGUCCCUGAAGUCCCUUCCCACCUCUAUGCCACUCUCUGCUUAGCCCAGCUCAGGGGUGUGGGGACCACAUGGAAACACGGGAGGUGAGGGCAGAAGGCAGCCCCUCCUCCAGCUGACUCGGGCCCUCGCCUGGCCUGGAGGCAGCUGUGGGGGGCGCUGCAGCACGAGCUGAGGAGGUGGGUAUGUGAGAUUUGUCAGACGUGAUUUGGUUGAAAACGGCCGGUCAGGGGACGAAAGGGGAGGAGCUCCUGCCACUGGCAUUUUGAGUGUCGGCAAUUCGGGAUGCCUCCUUGGGAUGGUCUGGGGGCCUUUGGUGAGUCUCUAAGUGAUUUGGUCUGUUUUCAGAGUUUUCUUUGCUUUUUGUGUUUCUCUGUUGGCUUUUGAUGUUAUCAAAGCAACGAAUCCUCUUUACGAGAAAAUCCAAAACACACAGAAGAAGAAUGCGGGAUGUCCAUCCCUCUAAUUGCCCCUCCGUAGCAGGGACCACUGUGAGCAGCUCAGUGGCCCUCCCCAGCAGUGUUCUGUGGGUGGGAGCAGACCCUCAGUCCCGCCCCCACUCACGCCUACCUUGCGGUAGGCUGUCCAGGAAUGGCUCAUGCCUCCCGGCCUGUUCCGUAACCCCCCUUCUCAUGCAUUUCAUUUGGUUCCUCCCUUUUCACGGUUAAAAAACCCAGUGCAGCUCAGACAUUAUUGGCAAAAAUCAACCUGAACAAACGUAGUCAUCUCGCAAUCCCGCCACAUUCUAAAAAACAGGCAAACGUACUUAAAGACUCAUCUGAGCUUGUGAAAUGGCUGCAUGGUGCACCAGCAUUUGCUACCUACAAAAAACCCAAAAACCAAAACCCAGAGUUGGGAAGGUUCCCGCUCCUCUAAGUUGAUCCAGCCUGCCCCCAACCGAUUGUUUUUUGACUGAAUAUCUAGGAUGACAGCAAGUGCAGCUUGAAACGGGGAAGCCCACCAGGCCUGGCUCCGGUGAAGGGCAGGGAGGCUGGAGGGCGGCGGGAGGCCUCCGAGGCCUUUGGUUUGGGUGCCAGCCUGGGAGGGGCAGAGAAGGCAAGGCUGAGGGGAUCCUGGUGAGGGAGGAAAGAAGGAGCGUGGCCCUGCUGGGUCUCAAAGGUGAUAAGGAGAGAACUGAAGAAAGUUCUUGCUGGCUGACAGGAAGGUUGCAGUGUUGCAAUGUGGAAACUCAUCCAUCUCCCCUCCCUACGUCCAUCUGUGCCGUGUCUGUGUGUAGGUUUUCUAGAGGUAGCAUUAGAUGGGUGACGUUUUCUCCCCAUUCCUAACUAUUGUAACUUGAUAUGCAAAAGACAAAACCCCACAAAACUCUUCCUGCCAUGGGCUUGCAGAUUGAAGCACUUUCGAUGUUGGGCGCUGGCAUCUGUGUUCUGGGCAUCAUCCUGACCCUGCCUGGAUCGCUGUAAUUUUAUACACCAGACUUUUUUUUUUUUUUCCAUAAAUGUUAUAAUUUUGUGUCUGUCUUUAUAAACUAUUAUAAGUACUAUUUUUGUUAUAAUUCAAAAUAGAUAUUUAGUAUAAAGUUUUUGCUGUUAAAUAUUUGUUAUUUAGUAAAAUAUGGAUUUUUUCUCUAUUGUAAACAUGGUUCAAAAUAUUAAUAUGUUUUUAUCACAGUUGUUUUAAUAUUGAAAAAGCACUUGUGUGUUUUGUUUUGAUAUGAAACUGGUGCCGUGUGAGUGUUUUUUGCUGUCAUGUGGUUUUAAUCUGUAUAUAAUAUUCCAUGUUGCAUAUUAAAAAAUGUUGUGCAUUUUGUGAUUUUGGAAAUACUCAACGUGGCUCUUUUAUAGGCUUCCAUAAUAAAUCGUGAGGAGUCAUGCU